AGGACGCCUGCGCAGUAGGGAUGUAGCAUUGGCGCGCUGUAGGGGUUGAGGGGAUGAAUGUUUUGGCGCGCUGAGCUGACCCGCGCUGUGUGGUGACUUCUCCCGAGCUGUGAGCUCCCCCCAUUACCGCUGUGCAGCCAUGAGUCUGUGGGUGGACAAGUACCGGCCUACGUCCCUGUCCAAACUGGACUAUCAUAAGGAGCAGGCGGCUCAGCUGCGGAAUUUGGUGCAGUGUGGAGACUUUCCUCACCUCCUGGUGUUUGGCCCAUCUGGCGCUGGGAAGAAGACCAGAAUUAUGUGUGUGCUAAGAGAGCUCUAUGGUGCUGGAGUAGAGAAACUGCGCAUUGAACAUCAGUCAAUAACGACUCCUGCAAAAAAGAAGAUUGAGAUUAGCACAAUUUCAAGCAACUAUCAUCUGGAGGUCAAUCCAAGUGAUGCUGGUAAUAGUGAUCGUGUUGUCAUCCAAGAAUUGUUGAAAACUGUUGCCCAGUCACAGCAACUUGAGACAAGUACUCAGAGGGAUUUUAAAGUUGUCCUGCUAACAGAAGUGGAUAAACUUACUAAAGAUGCUCAGCACGCAUUAAGAAGAACCAUGGAGAAAUAUAUGUCUACUUGUAGACUCAUUUUAUGUUGUAAUUCUACAUCAAAAGUGAUUUCUCCAAUACGAAGCAGAUGUCUGGCAGUUCGUGUGCCAGCUCCGAGCGUUGAAGAGAUAUGUACAGUCCUAUUUAAUGUGUGCAAGAAAGAAGGACUUUCUCUACCACAAGAGCUUGCCCGAAAAAUUGCAGAUAAAUCUGGGAGAAACCUUCGAAAAGCACUUCUCAUAUGUGAGGCUUGUCGCGUUCAACAAUAUCCCUUCAGCUCAGAUCAAGAUCUGCCGGAGACAGAUUGGGAGGUUUAUGUUAAGGAGACUGCUAAUGCUAUUGUCAGUCAACAAAGUCCACAAAGGUUGCUUGAAGUUCGUGGACGACUUUAUGAACUGUUAACUCACUGUAUUCCACCUGAGAUAAUUAUGAAGUCCCUAUUAUCGGAGCUACUCAAUAACUGUGAUGGACAGCUGAAGGGUGAUGUAGCACAGAUGGCUGCUUACUAUGAGCAUCGGCUGCAGCUUGGAAGCAAAGCAAUCUAUCAUUUGGAGGCGUUUGUAGCUAAAUUCAUGUCAAUCUAUAAGCGAUUCAUGGAGGAUGGACUUGAAGCCAUGAUGUUCUAGGUUUAUUUCUGCUCUUAUAUAAAAUAUAUAGUGGUGUCGUUUUUGGACCCUGUAACCCACUUCUUAAGUUCCACCUGUUGCAUACAUUCCUGCAGUCUGAGUAGGAAUUAUCAUACAUCUCUUGUGAGUUCUGAAGGAAAGCUCAGUGGAAGUGUUUUUCCCCUGAAUCUGUGUGACCGGUAUUCGCUAAUAUAACACCUCUUCAAGCUGUUGACAGGCUGGCGGUCACUGUAUUUGUUUUGCUGGAAUGCUUGACAUCCUCUUUAGAAGACUUCAUGUUUGAGAUGAUGUGGGCCACUAAAACUGAUUGGUUGUCACUGUUUUGUUCCAAUAACAAAGACUUGUGCAGUGUGUUCUUCUCAUGCUGUUUUGUGACACAGUGACUGACAAGGGGCAAUGUUGGGUGUGUUUUUCUUGUCAAAUUUUCCUUAAAGUCCAGACUUCAUAGCAAUGGCUUUUUUGAGUUGUGUUCAUGUUCUCUGCAGAUACUUCAUAUGUCAUACUAUUGUUUAUUCAUGUUUAUAAAUAUAUUGCUUCGUGUGACAUGUCUAUUUUUGUGGGGGGGGGGGUUAAAGAGGUACUCCUCCCAUAGACUUGCAUUGAGGGGGCAGGGCGUAACCUCGUGAGAGGGCCGAGAUGUGAUGUCAUGAUACUCCGUCCCCUGUAUUGCUCCUCAUCAGCCAUGGAGUGAUCCUCGCUCUGUCCAGCUGAAGAACGGGGUGCAGAAGAGAUCGUGGGACCCCGUGAGCAGACAUCUUGUCCCCUAUCCAAUAGAUGUCUAGGGGCGGAGUACCCCUUUAAACAUGCAUGCUGCUGCUUCAUUUAAAUCUGUGACACUAAGAUUGCUUCUCUUUGGCAGUCCUAUAUGCAUUAAAUGGCAUAGGAGUGCAUGUGCUUGACUGCCACUUCAUGCAAAUGACAGACUAUCCCUCUUCAGUUAAUGGUGGGGCCCUAGAAGUUGGAACUCCUAGCAAUCAUACACUGCUUGAAAAAAAUAAAGGGACCACUAAGAUAA